CGUGACGUGACGUGCGGCCAACAUGGCGACGCAGUGCUGAGAUAGUAGCAGCAGCGUCCAACUGGCCCCGACUGAACCAGCGACAACAUCGGCCCAUUCCUGGCACCCUCACGCCCCUGCCAAACCGCAGGGAUCGGGCCAGCGAUGACGGCCUAACGGACUACUUUAACACGUCGAACGAGAGAUGAAAGAACAGGAAGCGCUGGAAAUCCAUCGACGGCAUACGCAGACAGAAAGCCUGAGCACCAAGAGCAUGUUUCUGUCUCGAGCGCUGGAGAAAAUCCUCGCGGAUAAGGAGGUGAAGCGGAGCCAGCACAACCAGCUGCGCAAGGCUUGUCAAGUGGCAUUAGAUGAAAUUAAGCAUGAACUGGAAAAGCAGAAGGACGGUACUGUUGUUCCUCCAAGAGCUAACUACAUUGAGGCUGACAAGUACGUCUUGCCUUUCGAGCUGGCAUGUCAGUCCAAGUCCCCACGUAUUGUCAGUACGUCUCUCGACUGCCUACAGAAACUCAUUGCGUAUGGGCACAUCACGGGAAACGCCCCUGACAGCGGAGCUCCAGGAAAACGGCUGAUUGACAGGCUGCUGGAGACCAUCUGUAACUGCUUUCAGGGACCCCAGACUGACGAGGGGGUACAACUACAGAUUAUUAAGGCUCUGCUGACUGCCGUGACAUCACCACACAUAGAGAUCCAUGAGGGAACGAUUCUCCUUACAGUGCGCACCUGCUACAACAUCUACCUUGCUAGUCGCAACCUAAUCAACCAGACUACAGCCAAGGCCACUCUAACACAGAUGCUCAAUGUCAUCUUCACCCGUAUGGAGAACCAGGCGGCUCUGGAAGCUCAGGAAGCGGAGAAGGACAGACAACGUCUGCAGCUGCGCAAUCCUUCCCCAGUGUCCAGUAACCCUUCACCUGUGACGCAAAACCCUUCUCCAACUCCUGGUCGGGGGUCCGGAUCUCCAUGGCUUGGACGAGCCCUCUUAGAACAGAACGGACCACCAUCCCCCUCUCUCAGCCCGCCUGGGAUCCCAUCCACUCCUUCUACCCCCCAAGACUCAUCCUCCAUCAAUGGCCAGCAAGAGGAGUCAAAGUCAGAGGAGGAGUUUGCCACUAAUCAACAGAGCACAAAGGAAAUUGAACACGCAGACAAAGAGAUUCAGGAGUCAGACCAAACAACUGCCGAUCCAUCAGAAGGAGAGGAGGCCCAUCCGCAGCCUGAAACAGAAGCAAGCCCUGAGGUUCUGGAAGAGACUGAGCCGGACAGCGGAUUAGGAGAUAGCUCUGUGGAAGGAGGAUUAGAUCAACAUUCUGACUCCGAAACCAAAGUGCCGCCUCCUGUUGUCCGAGUAGACAUGCAGCAGAUGAACGGAAUGGUGGACGACCGUGGCUCAGAGUCCUCGACAGACAUUCUGGAUGCAGAAACCAUUCAGGGCAGUCAGACAGCUGCCCGCUUCUCACACAUCCUACAGAAAGAUGCCUUCCUCGUGUUCCGCUCCCUCUGCAAGCUGUCAAUGAAGCCCCUGGCUGAUGGACCACCUGACCCAAAGUCCCAUGAGUUGCGCUCUAAGGUAGUUUCCCUGCAGCUGUUGCUCUCAGUGUUGCAGGGUGCUGGACCUGUGUUUCGAACCCAUGAGAUGUUUGUGAACGCCAUAAAACAGUACCUGUGUGUGGCGCUCUCUAAAAACGGGGUCUCCUCUGUGCCUGAAGUAUUUGAACUGUCUCUUGCCAUCUUCCUUACCCUGCUCUCCCACUUCAAAGUGCACCUUAAGAUGCAGAUCGAGGUGUUCUUCAGGGAGAUCUUUCUAACAAUCCUGGAGACGUCAUCCAGCUCCUUUGAGCAUAAGUGGAUGGUCAUUCAGACUCUAACACGGAUAUGUGCAGAUGCACAAUGUGUGGUGGACAUUUAUGUGAACUAUGACUGUGAUCUCAACGCUGCCAACAUUUUUGAGCGGCUGGUAAAUGACCUGUCUAAAAUCGCCCAGGGAAGGAGUGGACAGGAGCUCGGCAUGACUCCAUUACAGGAGCUGAGUUUGAGAAAGAAAGGGCUGGAGUGUCUGGUGUCCAUUUUGAAGUGCAUGGUGGAAUGGAGCAGAGACAUGUACGUCAACCCCAACCUGCAGGCCAACCUUGGUCAGGAACGUCCAGCAGAGGGCGACAGUUCGCAUCUCCCUGAGCAUCUUUCCUCUCGCAGAGAUAGUGUGAGCUCUUUGGACUCCACCGUGUCUUCUGGAGUUCAGCAGUCUCAGCCAGAUCACCCUGAGCAGUAUGAGGUCAUCAAGCAGCAGAAAGAGAUCAUCGAGCAUGGCAUUGAGCUGUUCAACAAGAAACCAAAAAGGGGAUUGCAAUACCUGCAGGAGCAAGGCAUGCUGGGAACCUCACCAGAAGACAUUGCACAGUUCCUGCAACAAGAGGAGCGAUUGGACACUACUCAGGUUGGCGAGUUCCUGGGAGAGAAUGUGAAGUUUAAUAAGGAGGUGAUGUACUGCUACGUGGACCGGUUGGACUUCUGUGGAAAAGACUUUGUGUCAGCACUCCGUGCCUUCUUGGAAGGUUUCAGACUUCCAGGUGAAGCCCAGAAGAUUGAUAGGCUCAUGGAGAAGUUUGCCGCCCGCUACCUGGAGUGCAAUCAGGGGCAGACUCUGUUUGCCAGUGCAGACACAGCUUACGUUCUGGCCUACUCCAUCAUCAUGUUAACCACCGACCUGCACAGUCCACAGGUAAAGAACAAGAUGACGAAGGAGCAGUACAUAAAAAUGAACCGCGGCAUUAAUGACAGUAAGGACCUGCCCGAAGAGUAUCUCUCCUCCAUCUACGAUGAAAUUGCAGGCAAGAAGAUUGCCAUGAAGGAGAGCAAAGAAUACUCCAUCACUCCCAAAUCCAGCAAACAGAAUGUAGCCAGUGAGAAGCAGAGAAGGCUGCUGUAUAACAUGGAGAUGGAGCAGAUGGCCAAAACGGCUAAAGCUCUGAUGGAGGCUGUAAGUCACGCUCAGGCUCCCUUCUUCAGUGCCACUCACCUAGAGCACGUCCGGCCCAUGUUCAAGCUGGCCUGGACUCCCCUGCUGGCGGCGUUCAGUGUAGGACUCCAGGAUUGUGACGAUCAGGAUGUGGCAUCUCUUUGUCUGGAGGGAAUUCGUUGUGCUAUCAGGAUCGCCUGCAUCUUCAACAUGCAGUUGGAGAGAGAUGCCUAUAUCCAGGCCUUGGCCCGGUUUACGCUGCUCACAGCCAGUUCAAGUAUCACAGAGAUGAAACAGAAGAACAUUGACACAAUUAAGACACUUAUCAUGGUCGCCCACACCGAUGGAAACUACUUGGGCAACUCCUGGCAUGAGAUUCUGCGGUGUAUCAGUCAGCUGGAGUUGGCUCAGUUGAUUGGAACAGGGGUGAAGACGCGUUAUAUAUCCGGUGUGGUCCGGGACCAGGGAGGCAGCAUAAAGGGCUUCCCAUCAGGUGGAGAGGAAUUCAUGCCCCUCGGUUUAGGUACUUUGGUUGGAGGUCCAGACAAGCGUCAGAUGGCUCAUAUCCAGGAGUCAGUGGGGGAGACCAGCUCUCAGAGUGUUGUGGUGGCUGUGGACAGAAUCUUCACUGGAUCCACCAGGCUUGAUGGAAAUGCAAUUGUUGACUUUGUGCGUUGGCUAUGUGCGGUGUCCAUGGACGAGCUGGCCUCUGCGCACCAGCCGCGCAUGUUCAGUCUGCAGAAGAUAGUGGAGAUCUCCUACUACAACAUGAACCGCAUCCGUUUGCAGUGGUCACGCAUUUGGCAGGUCAUCGGAGAUCACUUCAACAAGGUGGGUUGUAAUCCUAAUGAAGAUGUGGCCAUCUUUGCAGUGGACUCCCUGAGACAACUUUCAAUGAAGUUUCUAGAGAAAGGAGAACUGGCCAAUUUCCGCUUCCAAAAGGACUUUUUAAGGCCAUUUGAACACAUCAUGAAGAAGAACAGGUCGCCCACUAUCCGGGACAUGGUGAUACGUUGUGUGGCCCAGAUGGUGAACUCCCAGGCUACUAAUAUUCGCUCUGGCUGGAAGAACAUCUUCUCUGUGUUCCAUCAAGCAGCAUCAGAUCAUGAUGAGAACAUUGUGGACCUUGCAUUUCAGACCACAGGACACAUUGUUAUGACAACAUUUCAGCAGCAUUUUGCGGCGGCCAUUGACUCUUUCCAGGAUGCAGUAAAGUGUUUGUCGGAGUUUGUGUGUAAUGCUGCAUUUCCUGACACCAGUAUGGAAGCCAUACGGCUUAUCCGCCACUGCGCUAAAUAUGUGUCUGACAGGCCGCAGGCACUGAGGGAAUACACUAGUGACGAUAUGAACGUGGCCCCUGGUGACCGUGUUUGGGUGCGAGGCUGGUUCCCCAUCCUGUUUGAGCUUUCCUGCAUCAUCAACCGCUGCAAACUAGACGUCAGGACCAGGGGUCUGACUGUCAUGUUUGAGAUCAUGAAGAGUUACGGACACACAUUUGAGAAGCACUGGUGGCAUGACCUCUUUCGGAUCAUCUUUCGAAUAUUCGACAACAUGAAGCUCCCUGAGCAGCAAACUGAAAAAACUGAGUGGAUGACGACAACAUGUAACCAUGCCCUCUAUGCUAUCUGUGACGUGUUCACACAAUUUUACGAGCCUCUCAGCGAGGUGCUGUUGGCGGAUAUUUUUGCACAGCUGCAGUGGUGUGUAAAACAAGAUAAUGAGCAGCUGGCGCGGUCAGGCACAAACUGUCUUGAGAACCUGGUGAUCCUUAACGGGGAGAAGUUCAGUCCGGAGGUGUGGGACGUCACCUGCGCCUGCAUGCUGGAUAUCUUCCAGACCACCAGCCCUCAUGCCUUGCUGACAUGGCGACCAGCUGGACAGGAAGAGGAGGUGGGAGAAGGGAAACACAUGGAUGUUGAGGUGGAUUCUCUGUCACAGAGCAGCUUUGAGAGGACUCUGUCAGAGAGAGGCCAUAGUCAAAUGUCCACCGCCAGUGAUGAAACCUGGAAAGGAAGGUCCCACACCAGAGUCUCGGACCACAGGCUGUUUGCAGGGCUGCUUAUAAAGUGCGUCGUACAGCUGGAGUUGAUUCAGACCAUAGACAACAUUGUAUUCUACCCAGCUACCAGCAAGAGGGAGGAUGCUGAGAAUAUGGCUGCUGCUCAGCGAGAUGCACUUGAGCAGGCAGAAGAGGGAGAGACGGAGCCCGAUCAGGGCAUGUACAGACACCUGUCGUCACAGCACCUCUUCAAACUGCUUGACUGCCUCCUUGAGUCCCACAGGUUUGCCAAGGACUUUAACUCCAACAAUGAGCAGAGGACAGCGCUCUGGAGAGCAGGUUUUAAGGGGAAGUCAAAACCGAAUCUUCUAAAGCAGGAGACCAGCAGUCUGGCUUGCAGUCUGAGGAUCCUCUUUCGCAUGUACUCCGACACGCAGCUGCAAGACUCCUGGCCAGACAUCCAGACACGCCUUUUGCAAGUGUGUAGUGAAGCCCUGGCUUACUUCAUCAGUCUUACCUCAGAGAGCCACCGGGAAGCCUGGACGAGCCUCCUGCUGCUGCUCCUCACCCGGACACUCAGACUGCCUGAUGACAAAUUCAAGCCUCAUGCCUCCUGCUACUACCACCAUCUGUGUGAGAUGAUGCAGUUCGACCUCAUUCCGGAGCUUCGUGCUGCUUUGCGGCGAUUUUUCCUCCGCAUCGGUUCCGUCUUCCACAUCGCCGCUCCCGAAUUGGGCCUAGCGCAGCCUUCAUCGUCAUAAAGUAGAUCAGAACUGAAAAACACAGCUCUGAGAUGAACUAAGAAAAAGGCGGGCUGUAAAGUGGAUGGAUGGUCAGAGCGCAUAAGCCUCUCCUGUACAGGAACACAGAAUGACUGCGUGUGACUGUCCAGUUCUUUUCUCUGCCAGUCCUGACUCAUCAGCCGUCGGUCGCUCCCCUAUGAGAGAACAGCAGGGUGACGCUUCUGCUGUGUCAUCUGUCUGUGUUGUUAGACUCAUAUUUGUUUAUUUUUAUUUUGACUUUUCUUCUGGAUGGCUGCGACAAUAAUUUAUUACCAGUACUGCUGUAUAUCUGGUUUCUGAUCGUCUGUUGAUUUCAUUUUGUUGGCUUUUGUCCUAUCUGUUAAAUUUUUGUCUGUUUUAAAGGCUGAACAAAUAUAGACAUGUCAAAAACAUACAAACACAAGAUCUUCCCCUGUUAUUAAGAGCUUGUAAGUGACACCCAGUGUGCAAUGAGCUUGUGCCAGUGGUAUAUUUGUUACUGAUUGGUCCAAAAAAGCCCAUUAUCAUUGUCCUUUAUUGAUUCAUCAUACAAUUAAUCGAUCAUCUCUGAUUCAAAUUCAGUCAAGCAACCCCACAGAGGUUUUUGCAUUUAAAAUGCUUUUAGUUUGGGGUAAAAGACUUGAAUUUGGUUUUGGUGUGUUUACACUAAAACUCAAAUUGUACUAAGAAUGUAAUGGUUGCUUUUAAAGCAUUUGGUGUUUAUUUUACAUGUGUCGGAACUCACGCUUGUUAAUCCAGAGCAGGCAGACACUACCAUUCCUUACAUGCCACACACCAUGCUCAUUUGGUUUCCAUCGUAUUGAUUUCAAUCGUUUUUUGAGAGGUUUGUUAAUUCUACAUUCUGAUUUUUGUUUGUUCAUAUUUAUCAUUGAAAUCUUAAGACAUCUAAUGAAUAUUAUUUUAGUGCACUAAAGUUGCUUAAUUGAUUUUUUUUUUUUUUUUUUUUUUUUUAAUCUUUCAUUUUUUGUGAGUGCUGUUCGCUCUUCAUUCGGAGUCUGACUGAAUUGGCAAGUUUACGCAAUGGAUGCCAGUCACUGAUGUCAUUAUCAAAAAAUGAGUGAAGGGGGAGAAAUACAGGACCACAAAUGUACUGUAUUAUCCAGGUAUAUCUUCAUUAAACCCAAGCAGCAUAUGACUUAGUAGUGUAUUACCAGUGUAGAUUCAAAUCCCAAUUCAUUUUCAUUAAGGAUGUAUUUCAUUCUUGAAGUGCAUUUAAAUAUUUUCUGAAAAGCAUUCCUUCCCUUGCAACUAUGGAUGUCUACUUUGCCUCCCUCUAAACUGGGAAAUAUAAAUAUAUAUAGUAUAUGAAUAAAUACAAUGUGUAAAGUUUUCAUGUAAAAUACACAGAAUAAUGUUCAACUCUAUAAAUAUUGUGAUGUAAUCUUAAAAGCAUUUGGUGAAGUAAUCAAUAAAGUUUGAAUUCUGAACCAUUGAAUAUUCUACUAGAUUUUUUUUUUUGGACAUUACCCUGCUUUAUAUUUCAGCAAUACCAACAUUUAAAAUGAAGGAUAAUUUUAAUAUUAGUAAAGAGAAGAUUUGUACUCAUUUUAAUACGCCACAUGAUGUCGCUGUAACGGUUAAAAGCAUAACGAGCGUUUUGGGGUAACAAAGGUUACCAUAGUAAUUCUGCCACUCUUUGUUUAGUGAGCUCGAGCCGUUUACGGUUAAUAACAUUUACAUUCAUAACGCCAGUUAAGUAUGUAUAAGAAAAUAUCUGUAGUUAAAGAAAAUUAAUAGGAGGACUUUAUAUCAGUCAUUUAAAUACAUGAUGUGUAAAAGUUGCGAGUUCGUUAAGAUUUAGUCUUCAGUAUUGAGUAGCAGUUACGCUGAAUGGCGCGUCUCAACAUUUUUGAAACAUAUCUGCCAAAGAGUGCUGCUUUUGAAAUGAUUUUAAGCUUUAAUUAACGGACUUUUGAGUGAAUAAAAUAGUUACUCCAGUCAGUCCUCAUAUGUAGCUGCUGUAAUAAAUGAAUAGGCCCUUGGUUUAAAGAGCAGAGCACUGAAAGGGGCGGAACUGAGCGCUGCUGAAUGUUCUGAGCACUGAAUUCGCUGCUGACAGCGGCUCUACACCGACUGCACUCUGACCGAGGAGAAACACGCCGAAAUCGAUCAUGCGGGAGAUCAGGAAUUUGCCUUUCCAAAUAUCCGAGAGCGAUUCGCAGAGAUCUUUGGAAAAGAUGCAGCGGCAGAGAGCAGAAAAUCACAAGAAAACUUCAAGAAGUGGUUGCUGGCGGGAAUGACCUUGCUCACGGGUGUCGUGGUUGGAUCACUCAUUGCACAGAAACGCCUGUGAGGAUCAGAAAAACUGAAGAUCCAAACACCUACUGCUUCAUUUAGACAUCCAGCUACCAUGAAGGAACUUCAAAAAUACUUGUUUUGGAUUUAUUUGUUUCCCUUUUAUUGCCAAGAAAUUCCAUGUUUACAUCCCACGUCCCGCUGUGUACUGUUGACUGAGUGGAGCGCAUCUGUGAUGUUAUGUCACGUGACCCAGACUGCAUGAGGGUGGUUUGGUUUUAGCUAACUCAGACAAUGCAAAGCCACGUCUCCUUACACCGUUUAAGGAAAUGAGAAAAAUGACUAAAACAGUCGAAGAAAAAAGUUUAAAAUCUUUGUUCUCUAUGUCUGUAAUUUUUUUUUUUUUUUUUUUUUUUUUUUUUUUUUCAGCUCUAUCAUAAAUCUUUUUAAGUAUCCUAUUAUUCUCUCAUUUUCAAAGAGACUGGCAAAACUGACAAGGAUACAAACAUUUUAUCUUUAAAUCUAAUUUAAGCUCAUGUGUCAUUUUUGAGUUGACCGAAUGAUAGAGAAGUUUAAUCUGAACUGAAUUUGAAGUAUUCAGUCAAUAAAUCAGCACUGACAUUUCUGAGGAACGUUGUUGCUGUCUGGAGUGCCAGAGAGGCAUCUUAUGGGCCCAGCACUACACUUGAGCGCCUGCUUCCUCUGCAAUCUCUCUACCAUUAUAGAAAAAUGUGGUGAACAGAUAAAACAUGUCUGUGUGAGUGUGUUUUUAUGUUGUUGUUUUUUCCCAAUAUUGUUCUGUUCCUUUUCACAUGCAAAUUUGAUGAGCGUUAAAUGUAAAUCUAAAUUGUCUGAAGGACCAACAGUUAUGAAACGGCCAACAGUUUGAGAGAAAGUUCUGUAUGUUUGGUGCCGUUUGAUUUAUUAAACCUAAGUUUCAGCUUCAGAUGUGGUAUCACAUUUAACUCUUUAUACCUUUGAGAUUGUUGUAACUAGAGCUAGAGGAGACACGGAUACACAAGGAGAGUAGGUCACUCCUGUUGUAUCUGUGACUACACUUAACUGUGUUUUAUACACAGAAAAUGUAACACAUUAAGCUGAAAGUAAUUAGAUUAAACCAUAUUGCCACAAGA